AUGAUUCGUGCCGAUCAUGGUUCCUGCCGUGAAUUCAUUCUGCAGCUGAACAAACAAGCAUCACGCUGCAACUAUGGUGAUCGCCUGGAAGAACUAAUGUGUGACCACUUGGUGGCAGGCAUCAAUAAUCUGACUCUUCAACGAAAGUUGCCGGAGAAGAAAGAUUUAAAUUUUGCUAAUGCCCGCAAGAUCUGUGAGCCACACGACGACCUGAUGAAAGCCACUUCCAGCGAAUCAAUCACAUUAUUCCAACGACAGAAGACACGACCGAACGGACCUCCAAUGGCCAAGUGUAUACUGAAGCCGCAGCAAGACUCUUCAGACAACGAGAAACGUAUCAAUCUCUGUUUAUCAUGUGGAACUUACCAUCUGCGUUCCAAUUGCCGCUUCCGAAAUGUCAAGUGUCAUGCAUGUGGGAUAGCAGGCCAUAUCCGGAGAGUGUCAACAACCCCAUUGCAAUCACGCACAGCCAUCGGUCGACGACGGAUCCAGCCCUGUGCUUUCUCUAAGAACCCAAAGUCAACGUGA